AUGUCCUAUCACAAAGACAAAUCAGUCUCUUCAAAUAUCUCCCUUCUCACGUUUCCGAACGAAAUCCUACGUAUGAUAUUUGAAGAGUUCGACUUUCAAUCAUUGAUCAGCCUGAGUAAUGUGUGCAAUUUGUUUCAGGAAAUUGCAAAGAUUUAUUUGGCCAAAACGUUCAAGAAAAACAACAUCAGCCUGUUGCUUGGCUUCGAACAAGAACAUAAACGUCACUUCAACGUGGACUUUGAAUUUUACGGCAUAAAUAAAAAGAACGGAAACUUCAUAUUCAAACCAAAGACAGAGACACUUCUGAAAUUCAGCAAUUCUCCCAUAUCAUAUAAUCCUUCGCUUUGGCGAAUAAUCUUAAAUGUAGACGGAGAAUAUCAACCUGACAUCAGGAGUUCUUCCCUAAAGGCUGGUCCGUUUAGGGGUAAGCUGUUGCAGGAACCUUGUCGUUUGUCGGUGAAGAAUUCAAACAGCAUGUGUCAAAAAACGAAAGAAGUAUAUCGAGUUGGAAAUGGUUCAUGCCAUCUCAGAGUUCCUUAUUGGUUUUCCUACUCUGUCACUGAGAGUACUCAAAGGAUGCGUACCAGUGAACGAUGGAUCACACCGCAAUCGUUCGAAUGUUCAUCAAGUUUCUUUUAUCCAAACGAGUCAGCUGCACAUAGAGUCAUGAGGUCGAUCUUUAGGCACAACUCAAACAAAAAGCCCUCCACAAAAAUCAUACCUAUAAAAGGCAAAGAACCUCUCGCACAAUUAUCCGAACCACGAGAAGUGUUAAUUAUACAGAACGAGCCUCCAAAGAAAAAAUCUACGAGAUGGGUCUGUGGUGCAAGAAGUUAA